AUGGAUGGGAUCACAAAUUCCGCGCCUCCGACGCUCGAACCGUGGGACUUGCGCGGGGAAACAAAGCCAAGCAAAGAGUCGGAUCCACCAGCUUCAUGGGAUGCGGUUUCAAUUGGAGGUGAUGAUAUGGAUGAGCUCAUGGACUAUUUGUACUACUCCUACUACUACUACUACUACUACUACUACUACUACUACUACUACUACUACUACUACUACUACUACUACUACUACUACUACUACUACUACUACUACUACUACUACUACUACUACUACACCAGAUAUCAUCAAGAGCAGUUGAGCCUCUCAUGCACUGACUGGGCUGGGUCAUUCAUUACUCCACGCGGUCUACGGGUCGACGGUGGGCUAUAUACCGGUGGCGGGGUCCUGGAGCAGCCCUGCAAUGCCGAUGGUGAACGCCUGCUGUUUAUCCUCACCGGGUAG